AUGUUCUGUGGUAUCGUUUCAUGUAUUUGCAAACAGUGUUUUGAUAUUUCGAUUUACAGGACAAGCAUGGAUUGCAAGGUCUACGUUGGAGGUCUUCCUAAUGAUGCCACGUCACAGGAGAUCGAAGAUGCCUUCUACCGUUUUGGUCGUAUUCGCAAGGUUUGGGUUGCUCGUCGCCCGCCAGGAUUUGCAUUUGUGGAAUUCGAAGAUAGUCGAGAUGCGGAAGACGCGGUGAAGGCUCUGGAUGGAUCGAGGAUUUGUGGUGUGCGUGCGCGAGUUGAGCUUUCCCAUGGUCGUGGCCGUGGAGCUGGUGGUGGCGGUGGAUACGGUGGACGUCGAAGCAGGUAA